AAUAUUUAGAAGGACACAAGGAUCUCUACAAGGACGUCAUGAUGGACAAUCAGCCGCCCCUCACAUCACCGAUGGAUCCAGUCAUGGGAACCCACCAGAGAGAUGUCCCCGUCCUCUGUAUUCCCGGGAUUCCACACAGGAAGGUCACACCAUCCCUCACCAUCAUCAGAGUGGAAUCCUCGGGGAUGAUAAUAUUGAUGUUAAAGAAGAGUAUAAAGAGGAGGAUGAGGAGUAUGGAGUGAUGGAGGAGUUUUCAGAAGGACACAAGGAUAUGAUGGAGCCACCUAAUACCAGGAACCCACCAGAGAGAUGUCCCCGUCCUCUGUAUUCCCGGGAUUCCACACAGGAAGGUCACACCAUCCCUCACUAUUACAAGGUUGAAGAUCCAUUGAUAUAAAAGUUUGAGGUGAAAGCAGAAGAAGAAGAGGCGUAUGUGAGGGAUGAUCAGCAGUCUAUGGAGGAGGAUGGAAUAACGGGGACAUUUAUAGAGGAGGACACUCCUACAGAGAGACAUCAGAGAUCUCACAUUGGAGAGAAGCCAUAUUCCUGUCCUGAGUGCGAGAAAUGUUUUUCACAGAAGUCCCAUCUUUACACACAUAAAAGAUCUCACACGGGGGAGAAGCCAUAUUCUUGUCCUGAGUGUGGGAAAUGUUUUUCACAGAAUCCAAUCUUUACAAACAUCGGCGGUCUCACAUGGGGGAGAAGCCACAUUCCUGUCCUGAGUGCGGGAAAUGUUUUUCAGACAAGUUCAGUCUUUGCAAACAUCAAAGGUCACACGGGGGAGAAGCCAUAUUCCUGUCCCCAGUGCGGGAAAUGUUUUUCACAGAAGUCUACUCUUUACACACAUCAGAGAUCUCACACGGGGGAGAAGCCUUAUUCCUGUGCUGAGUGCGGGAAAUGUUUUUCAGUAAAGUCUAAUCUUUAUACACAUCAGAGAUCUCACACAGGGGAGCAGCCAUAUUCCUGUCCUGAGUGCGGAAAUGUUUUUCAGACAAGUUCAGUCUUUACAAACAUCAAAGGUGUCACACGGGAGAGAAGCCGUAUUCCUGUCCUGAGUGCGGGAAAUGUUUUUCAGAUAAGUCCAAUCUUUACAGACAUCAGAGAUCUCACACGGGUGAGAAGCCACUUUCCUGUCCUGAGU